AUGGAGGUGAAAAAGGAAGUUGUAAAGAAUGCAAUCGAAACAUAUGUCAAAAUCUGCAUGGCCUCAGAAAAGGAACCCUCUUUGCGAGAUUUUCUCUACACACGCUGUAACGAAGUAGCUGCAAACACUGAUUUGCGCACAGAUAUUAAGCGUAUCUGGAUUAAGCGAUAUCAAAUUGUAGCGAAGCAGUUGAACGUCGACAACAUAGUAGAUAAAAAUAUCGACUGGGACGACAUCAAAACACAGAUACAGAACAAAAAAAAGGAACAGUGCUCGUCGAAAAGAAGCAGACCUACGACAUCAACACAGACAUCGAAAAGUAGCUCGUGGGAAUUGAAGGCCGAAGCAAAAGACCGCUUCAAAAAAGAUUACGAAGGCAUGGAAGAAGAGAAAAAGUGGUUGCUGCGCACCAAGGAAGACGGUGCCAAAGUCUACCUGGAAGAUAAUAUGUUUCAAUACGGAAUGGAGUGCGAUUAUGAGCAAUCCAGCAAUCGCUUCUUGACUUUCUGGAUCUGUAUCGACAUGGAACCAUUAUCGAAAUGA